CGGACACGGCGCGGGCAUGUUUCUGGACCGAGCUCGUGACUUCUCCUCGGGAGGCUCACGAACUUUUAACACGUGAAGGAUUAUGUUCCGUAGUCUGAGCUGUAAAGGCGCUGAGUUGUGUGUUGGGCUGAAACGGCGGCGGCAGCAUGCCCAGCAGCUCCGGAGAGAGAGUUAAAGCCGGAGCCUACAUCCCCGUGUCCAUCGCUGCGGGUCUGCUGGCCGGAUCCUCCACGCUCUUCUUCGUUUUCACGUGUCCUUGGCUGGCUGAGAAUGUGUCUCUUGCUUUCCCACCAUGCGUCGCCAUCACGUUCCUCUUUGUCAUGGCCAAUUUCACCAUGGCAACAUUUAUGGAUGCUGGUGUGCUCCCAAGGGCUAAUGAGGACGAAGACAAGGAGGACGACUUCCGUGCUCCUCUCUAUAAGAACGUGGAGGUCCGGGGCAUCCAGGUUCGGAUGAAGUGGUGUGCCUCCUGCCACUUCUACAGACCUCCCCGCUGCUCCCACUGCAGUGUUUGUGACCACUGUGUGGAGGACUUUGACCAUCAUUGCCCUUGGGUGAACAACUGCAUCGGGAGACGGAACUACCGCUUCUUCUUCCUCUUCCUGCUGUCUCUCACCGUGCACAUGGUGGCCGUUUUUUCUGGAGGGCUCUUGUACGUGCUGGAGCACCUGGAAAACCUGUGGGCGCUGCGUGCAGCCAUCACCCUGGCUGUAAUGAGUGUGACAGGCCUUUUCUUCAUCCCCGUCAUCGGGUUGGCUUGCUUCCAUCUGGUCCUGGUGGCAAGAGGACGAACCACAAAUGAACAGGUGACUGGCAAGUUCCAAGGUGGUGUGAACCCCUUUACACGUGGUUGCUGUGGCAAUGUAGAAUUCGUCUUGUGCAGUCCAAUCACUCCAAGAUAUACUGGAAAGCCAAGAAAGAAACGGCCUGUCCGUGUGCAGCCUCCGUUCCAGAAACCUGAAUCCCUCAAAAUGUCGCCAGUCAAAGUUGGGGACAAUGGGAUCCAAAACAAAACCCUUCCAACAAAGCGUCAGUCCCCAGGAGUGCUGGACGUUCCUGAGUUCAAGCGUCCGAACACUCCACCGCCUCUGCCCCCUAAACCUGACCCAGUACUGCUCAAGAGCCACCUGGCAGCUCUGGAAGAGAGCUUGCUGCACUCCCAAACUGCAGGGCCUCCUGGCCAUAAUGUGAGCAAAAUAGGUCCAAUUUUUGAGUCACCCUCCAGAGUCCAUUACCAAGUUCCCAGGGAACAGAUGAGUAAGAGGGAGAACCCCCAGCUCCACAUGACCAGCAGGUCCCAGGAUCAGUCCUCAGAGUCCAGUCUGGAUCAGCUUGAUAGUCAAACACCCAUCUCAGCCCACUCACUCCUGCAGUCCAGCACACUGCCUCUGAACUCGCUUACUCUCAACUCCCGUUCACUCAGUCUGAAACACGCCCACCGCCGAGGGGACCGGGCUCACCUGCUUGGUCAGCUUCCCCAGGCCGUUGCCUCCCGUCCUGCCCAGAGCGUCCUCAGUGGGCGUGCUGGCAGCCUCUCCUACGACAGCCUCCUCGGCCCAGCCGAGCUGCCCCAGCGGGGGGCAUUCCCUCUGGCUUACCGUGCUCCCUUCCUCCCCAUGGACCUGGGCAGAGGUCCCACUGACCGAUCCCCCCGAGCUUGCAGCCCUGUUUUCAUGACUGCGAGCCGGCGGUCGCCCCAGCACCGUGAGUCCUCGCCCGUGCGCUACGACAACCUCCCUAAAGGCCUCAUGCGCUCCAUUCAGGAGCUGGAGGAGCGUGAGAAACAACAGCAGCUGCUCAUGCUGCCUCAGGCUCGCCCACAGCCACCCAUCCAGGACGCUCUGGGCGUCUAUGACACGCCUGGACGGAGGAGCCUGCCGCAUGAGCCACCGUCUCGCGGUCCUACGCCACCUGCCUAUGGCUCCCGGGAAUUCCUCAUGAGCAGUGCGGCAUACGGCUAUAGCAGCCGGACUCAAAUGGCCAGCUCCUCCACUUCCUCGCUGAGCCGCACCCCCAGGACUUCCACCUCACCUCUGGGCUCUAAUGUGACCCUUCAAGGCCGCUCGCUGUCCCCCUCAGUCUAUCGUUCCCUGGAGCGUCAGGCCCAGCGCUCACCCUCCAGCAUGCCCGGCCCACUGCCCACCUCUUCUUACACCGCCCACAAAGCGCUGGCCUUUAUCACUACCUCAGAGCGGAAAGACUCAGAGUCCUGAUUGUCCCGCUCUGAGUGGACUAUGAUGGACAGAGGGCCUCUUUUAAAAUGAUCUGCUCCUGUGUGGUAACAAUGUUCCAUUUAUUUCUUAUUUUUUACAAGUAUAUUGUAAAGCUAAAAUUAAUAUUAUAAUUUUCCACACUAGUUACCGAUGGCUUCUAAUGGUAGAGAGACUGAUAUGUUUUAUUGUGUGUGGCAAACAUAUGAAAGUUUGUUUUUUUGACCCUUGUUGAUCCAAGUACACUCUUAAAAACAAAAUAUGCCAAGUGGAACCAGAAAAGAGUGUUUGGAGUGAUUCUAUAGAAGAAACAAGAUUCUUAAUGGUUUUUAAAAGGCUGUUUAUGGAUUCCUAACCUCAGGACCAAACCCACAAUGUUCUUCAGAUUCAGCCUAAAAACUAGCCUAAAAAAGUUGUAGGAAAUACAAUCAAACUAAAUAAUGACCAGAUUUGCUCAGAGGCUAAAUAAAGUGUUGUCAAAUGUUAGCUAGUUGCUGCGUUAGCUAACAUAUGCAUACAAUUACCUAACUUGAUAGCUAACUCUCCAGCUAACUAAUAUUUCCAGCAUUAACUUGAUAAUUAGCUGGUUGGUUAAUUCACUGGUCUUAUUUUUAUUUUUUAGGUGACAAAUGUCUACACAGUGCUGAUCUAACAACUAAUCACCCUUCAUUAAUUUCACUAAGCACAAGUUAUUCGCAGUGUCAGGAAAAGAACAAAUCAUGUAUUUAACAGGAACUUACACAAAAGCUUUAACAACUAAAUAUAGUAUCGGAUUAUUUAGUAUUUAGUUUUUUAAUAUUUAGUUUUUGCUUUCAGUUCUUCAAAGAAAUCUGCAGGGAUAUUUUUCCACACCUCCAUUUUUCCAAACCUUUUUGGUCUUAGAAGAUGGUUGAAUUUUCUGCUUGUAACAAUCCUACAUAUCAACUUAGACCAUAAAACCUUACUCCACGUCUCAUGUUCUUCAUUUGUGUCCGUUUCCUUUUCUCAGUAAAGUCUUCUUGACAGCUACACAUCCUUUCAGACUCAUGGUGUUGAGUCGUCUUCUCACAGUGGAAGGAUGGACAGAAACACUCGUUGAUGUUUUCAGUUCUG